AUGACCUCCCUUCAGAAUGGCCAUGUGAACGGCGCCGCACCCGUUGAGGAUAGCUCAGCGGAUGCCCUUUGCGCAACCCUCCGAUUCUCCGAUAUCCCCUCCGCGAUCGAUAUCCCCGCUUCCUCCUUUGAUACUGAAGUCGAAAUCAGUCUUGAAGAACUCCCCGAAGAUCCUACCGAACUCUGCACGCUACUCGACAACGAACAAGCUUCAAAGAAUUUUUGGGUGAUAAUAGCUCUCGCUUACGCGAAGCAUGACCAACUUGACUUGGCCAUCGAGAUCCUGAAUCGUGGAAUAGCAUCUUUGACCCAUGGCGAGUCGAAGGAGAAGCUCGGCCUUCUGGGCUGGAUCUGCUGGCUGUACUUGCUCAAAAGCAGACAGGCUCCCAGAGUUACUCCCGAGGGACAAUUGGCCUCUGAGGUCAGAACUAAAGAUUCGUAUCUCCAGGCUGCCACUGCUACCCUCAACGAAGCCUCUCGCAUCAACCCCGCCUAUCCUCCGCUUUUUCUCGCGCGCGGCGUACUCUCCAUCCUACGUGCAUCCCUGCAACCUCCAGCCAAGGCGAUCCGGCCCGGUACUGUAGACACUUCAGAAAGAGUCGAGUCCUUGCGACAAGCGCUAAAGUGUUUCGAGGAGGCCUCCAAAGCUUCUGGAAACAGGAAUAUCAUGGCCAUACUGGGCCGCGCAAGAGCCCACUACAUGCUUGGGCGCUAUGCCGAGGCUCUAGAAGGAUAUCAGGAGGUGUUAAUCAAAAUGCCAAAUAUGACAGAUCCGGACCCUCGGAUUGGGAUUGGUUGCUGUCUAUGGCAACUAGAUCUCAAGGAUCAAGCCAAAGUGGCCUGGAGCCGAGCUCUUGCUUUAAAUCCGGAAUCCAAAGUCGCUAAUAUUCUCCUUGCCUCUUACUACCUCUACGAUAGUUCUCGUCAUCCAACAUCCGACCCUGCGUUCGGUUCUCUAUACAAGAUUGCAAUGACUCAGUACACACAAAAAGCCUUCAAAAUAGAUAAAGAAUACCCAAUGACUUGUGCUAUGUUUGGUGGAUACUUCCUUCUUCGCAGACAUUUUCCCACUGUUGAGGCUCUCUCGAGAAAAGCGAUUGAACUCACCGAUGUCAACGGGAUCGCUAGUGAUGGCUGGUACUUAUUGGCUCGAAAAGAGCACGAGGAUGGAGAUGCACUGAAGGCCCAGGAUUACUAUAACCGUGCUGACCAGGCUAGAGGAGGUUUGGAUAAGGGGUACCUUCCUGCAAAGUUUGGCGCUGUGCAAAUGCAGAUUCGUAUGAAAGAUUUGGAUGGCGCAAAGUUUCGUCUUGAAAAAAUUGUCCAGCAACUGAAAAACCCAGAGGCAAUGACCCUGUUGGGCUCUCUUUAUGCUGAAGAAGUGUUUGAAGCUGCAGCAAGCGGAGUAAAAGAGGAAAAAUCCGCUGAAAUCAAAAAAGCUAUCAGCCUUCUUGAAGCCGUACGGGCAUCGUGGAAGGAUGAAAAGAAGAAGAUCUCGCCAGAUAUAUCUGUCUUGCUAUAUCUUGCCAGACUAUACGAAAGUGCCGCGCCAGAGAAGAGUAUGCAAUGCCUUUCUCAGGUUGAACAAAUUCAGCUUGCUCAGGUUCCAGAUGAGGAUAAACCUAGCGACGUUGAGAAUGAGGAAACAAUGGCUAGCAUCCUUCGAGAGCGUCUAGCCCCUCAAUUGCUGAACAACAUGGGCUGUUUCUUUUACCAGACCGAUAAGAUGGACCAGGCCCGGGCCAUGUUUCAGGCCGCUCUCAAUGCCUGCGUAAAAACACAGGAGAAAGAUGACGGUACUGAUACAGAUGCGCUUGUUACAACGAUCAGUUAUAACUUUGGGCGUACUUAUGAAGCCGCAGGAAUGCUAGAAGAAGCUGAGAAAGUUUACAAAGGUCUAUUGGAAAGACACAGCGACUACACGGAGGCAAAUGCUCGACUUACGUACAUGCUACUGCGUCAAAGUCCGACCGACGAAGGUCCAAAACAGAUGGCAAAGCUAUACGAGGCAGAGGCUACGAAUUUGGAAGUUCGCGCCCUGUUUGGGUGGUAUCUCAAUAAAUCGAAACGCAAGAUAGCCAAUAUCGCAGAGGACCAUGAACAGCGGCAUUACAAACAUACUCUUCUCAGCUAUGAUAAGCAUGAUCGAUAUGCUCUUACUGGAAUGGGCAAUAUCCAUCUCAUAGCAGCGCGAGAUAUGAGACGAGACGGGGAGCAAGAUCGAGAGAGGCGGCGAAAGACGUAUGACAGGGCAGUUGAGUUUUUUGAUAAGGCUCUUCAACUUGACUCGAAAAAUGCAUAUGCGGCUCAAGGAAUUGCCAUCGCGCUUGUCGACGAUAAGAAGGAUUUCUCUUCCGCAGUUCAAAUCUUUUCUAAAGUACGGGAUGCGAUACGAGACGCCAGCGUUUAUUUGAACCUGGGUCAUGUCUUCGCAGAGACGAGACAAUUCUCAAAAUCGAUUGAAAAUUAUGAAAUUGCCCUCUCUAAGGAUAGAGCUAGGGAUCCACAGGUCCUGUCUUGCCUUGGUCGCGUAUGGUUUUUGAAAGGAAAGCAGGAAAAAAACAUAACUUCAAUGAAGGCAGCUUUGGAAUAUGCACAACGUGCUCGCUCUGUUGCCCCAGAGCAGAAGCAUCUCGACUUCAACAUUGCUUUUGUGCAAAAUGAAAUAGCUCAUCUUGCCUUGAACUUGCCUGAGACGCAGAAAACUGCCCAGGAAACCGAAGAAGCCUUGGCUGGCCUCGAAGAAGCUGUACUUUCUUUCGAGAAAAUUGCAAAAGCACCUAAUCCCCCUUAUCCUGCCAUUUCCCUCGAGCAACGUGCAAACAUGAUUAAGAACACGACGAUUAAUCAACUUCAGCGUGCCUUGCAGAGCCAAAAAGAGUACGAAGAGAAGAAUGCUGCGAAAUUGCAACAAGCUAGAGACGCGCGCGAAGCGGAACAAAAACGGCGAUUUGAAGAACAGAAGAAAGUCCAGGAGGCCGAAGCCCAACGGAAGCGUCAGAUGGCAGAGGAAAGAUCACGAAUGGUUGAAGAGUCUCAACGACUCGCUGCUAUUCGUACUCAAGCAGAAAAAGAAAGAGAGGCUGCUGAUUAUACCACCGAUAGUGAAACUGGCGAAAAAAUAAAACGAAGGAAGAAGGCUGGCGGAAAGCGAAAGAAGAAGGGAGAGGAUGGUGAAGAAAGGGAAUCGUCACGAAAGUCCCGAGCGAAGAGCUCUGGUUCUGCAUCUGAUUCUGAAGCAGACGACCAACCGGCUCCAAAAAGGAGAAGACGCUUGGAAAGAAGAACUACAGCAAAAUCGAACAAAUUCAAGAGUACCGAAAUUGUUGUCGAAUCUGAGAGUGAAAAUGAAAAUGCGGCGCCGGCUACAGAUGGCAGCCCAGCCGCAGCGGAUGAUAAUGAUGAUACAGAAAUGCGUGAUGUCAGGGCCGAUGAAGACGAAGAUGAUGAAGAUACUUUAGUCUCACGGCGACGCAAGAAGGCCAGCUUGCGCGUUGAAGACGAUGAGGAUGAAGAGGAACCUGAGGAGCCCAAUUUAUCACCGCCUGACAUGGCAGUCAAUGGUGAUGAUGACGAAUUGUUCGGCACAGGGUCCACCGAUCCGUCUGGUAAUCUGGAAGACCAAGCAAAGGUUGAUGGGAACACCGGUACGGACACUGAAAUGAACGAUGAUGGCAAUGAGUAG